AUGCCUCAAAUCGAGAUUUUGGGCCUCGAAGACCUUUCGGCCGUCCUCACCCACUGUGGUUGGGGCGGCACGCUGGAGUGCAUGGGUGCUGGGAAGCCUGUCAUCUGCUAUCCAGGCUUUGGCGACCAGAUGAUGAAUGCAAAGAUCCUGCAUGGCAAGGGAUGCGGGCCAAUGCUGAAUCCUGCACGUGCCGGGGCACGACAGAUCCGGAAUGCCGUGCAGGAUGUGGUGGACAACCUUGGCAGCUAUCAGUGCAAGGCCAAGGACGUCUCAGAGCAGCUGAAGAAG